AUGGACGCGCCGCGCGGGAUCGGCACCUUCGUGGUGUGGGACUACGUGGUGUUCGCCGCGAUGCUGCUCAUCUCGGCCGCCAUCGGCAUCUAUUACGCCUGCACCGGGGACAAACAGCAGACCUCCAAGGACUUCCUGAUGGGCGGCCGCAGGAUGACCGCCGUGCCCGUGGCGCUGUCCCUCACCGCCAGCUUCAUGUCCGCCGUCACUGUCCUGGGCACGCCCACCGAGGUCUACCGCUUUGGGGCCAUAUUCAGCUUCUUCGGCAUCACCUACCUGCUCGUGGUGGUCAUCAGCGCGGAGGUCUUCCUGCCCGUGUUCUACAAGCUGGGCAUCACCAGCACCUACGAGUAUUUAGAACUUCGAUUUAACAAAUAUGUUCGUCUUUGUGGAACAAUCGUCUACAUUAUUCAGACGGUGCUGUAUACUGGAAUUGUUAUUUAUGCCCCUGCCCUGGCUUUGAAUCAAGUCACAGGAUUUGAUCUGUGGGGCGCAGUGGUGGCUACAGGGGUGGUCUGCACUUUCUACUGCACGCUGGGUGGUCUUAAGGCGGUUGUCUGGACGGAUGUUUUUCAAGUCGGGAUCAUGCUGGCUGGAUUUAUUUCUGUGAUUAUACAAGCCUCAUUGGUUCAAGGUGGAAUGGGCUCUAUUAUCAAUGAUGCCCGUAAUGGUGGAAGAUUAAACUUCUGGAAUUUUAAUCCUAAUCCUUUGCAAAGACACACAUUCUGGACAAUUAUUUUAGGAGGGACCUUCACGUGGACCAGCCUGUAUGGUGUCAACCAAUCCCAAGUGCAGAGAUAUAUUUCCUGUAAAAGCAGAUUCCAGGCAAAACUGUCCCUCUACAUCAAUCUCGUGGGACUCUGGGUAAUCCUCGUCUGCGCAGUGCUCUGUGGGCUCGCCCUGUAUUCCAGGUACCACGACUGCGAUCCUUGGACAAACAAUAAAGUGUCUGCACCGGACCAGCUCAUGCCUUAUUUGGUGCUGGACAUUCUGCAAGAUUAUCCCGGACUUCCUGGACUUUUUGUGGCCUGUGCUUACAGUGGGACAUUAAGCACAGUGUCCUCCAGCAUCAACGCCUUGGCAGCGGUGACCGUGGAAGACCUAGUCAAACCCAACUUCCGCUCGCUCUCAGAGAGGUCUCUCUCUUGGAUUUCCCAAGGAAUGAGUGUGCUGUUUGGAGCCCUGUGUAUUGGAAUGGCUGCUCUGGCAUCACUGCUGGGAGCUCUGUUGCAGGCAGCACUCAGCAUAAUUGGCAUGAUUGGUGGACCACUUCUGGGCUUGUUUAGUUUGGGCAUUUUGGUUCCCUUUGCCAACUCGAUUGGAGCACUGACCGGCCUGAUGGCCGGGUUUGCCGCUUCUUUCUGGGUGGGGAUUGGGGCUCAGCUCUACCCCCCACUUCCUGAGAGGACCAUGCCGCUCAGCCUCGAAACCUACGGCUGUAACAGCACACAGAAUGGGACCGGAUGGGUGACAACCACAGCGCCAUUUUCUACCAGUACCGCUCAAGUACACAAUGUUGAAAGGACCCCACUGAUGGAUAACUGGUAUUCGCUGUCGUACCUGUACUUCAGCACCCUCGGAACGCUGGUAACAUUAUUGGUGGGAAUGCUGGUCAGUUUACCAACAGGAGGAAGAAAACAAAACUUAGACCGAAGAUUUAUAUUGACGAAAGAGGACGUUUUAUCCAACUUUGACAUGUUUAAGAAAAAGGAGCCAGUUUUAAGCUAUAAAUCUCAUCCAGCAGAGGAUGGUGGAACUGAUAACCCUGCUUUCAACCACAUUGAAUUGAACUUCACAGAUCAAGGUGGCAAGAUCAGUGGGACGCAUUUGUGA